AUGAUUCAUACCGACGCGGCCGUUGAUAACUUCUACAUCACCGCUCGCGAGGCUAAGGACACCCCAUCGCGGGCGCACGGCGUGGGCGAGGAGACGGAGUUCGUGCAAAGGAUUUACGGUGCCUCGCUCAUUCGCGCCUCGUGCGUUUUACUUCGCUUGUCCUUGUCCGUCGUCGUCACCGCGCAGACGCUGCUUCAGAGAUUCUACACGAAGAAGUCCCUGAGAGACUACGACGUCAAGCUCGUCGUCGUCGCCGCGAUUGCUCUGGCGUGUAAGCUCGAGGGGACGGACCGCAAGCUCCGGAACGUGCUCAACGCCUCGAGACGAGCAGCGCAGAGACACGAGGGACGACCGCGAUCGAUGCUAGCGAUCAACACUGCGGAGUUCCAAGAGUUAAAAUCGGACGCGAAGAACAUGGAGCUGGUGAUGCUACGGGAGUUUGGAUUCUUUGUGCACGUGCUGCCGCCGCACCCUUUUGCGUACACGCUGGGGGCGCAACUGGAGUUGGACAAAGAGUUGGUCAAACGUGCGUGGGCGCUGUGCAACGACACAUCGAUGACGGCACUGUGCGUGAGAUUCAAGCCCGCCGUGAUAGCAUGCGGAUGCAUCUACUUAGCCGCUAGAGAGUUAGGAGUCGCGCUGCCGACACAGCCAUCCUGGUACCGCAUCGUCGAAGGAACUUCGAAGAGGAAUUUAGAGGUCAUCGCGGAGACCAUCUUAGCGUUCCACGCAGUGGAUAAGAUCGAGUAUACGGAUUUAAGCCAUCGAGCGCGAAGUCGCGGAGAAGGGAAGCGGACAGAUAGGGGACGCCACGCAAGUAGGGACAGGCAAGACAGCAAACGGCAGCGCGACAGCAGUCGAGAUUAUGGCGGUCGGAGAUAG